AUGGGUUCUCUUCACACUGAACCAUCGCCUUCCCCAGCCUUCUCUUCUGUGCGAGCAGCAUUGGCUCAGAACAACAACAGAAUCAUCCUUUGUGAAUCCCAUGAUGGUACCUCUACAGAGAUCAUCAGAGCUGCCGUUGGCAAGGACGGCCAGAAGUUCGACGGCAUCUGGUACAGCGGUCUCUGUCAGACUACCUAUCUAGGUAUUCCAGACAGCGAGACACUCUCCCCACUCCAACGGGCAUCACUCCUCGCACUUGACGGGGAGUUGAAGCGCAAAACAAGCAACCGCUCCCUCUGUGCCGCUUUUGACGCCGAUAGUGGUGGUGAUGUUGCAGAUAUCCCUGCCUUGGUCGCACUCAUGAACCUUGUUGGGGUUGGCAUGAUUGUGAUUGAGGACAAGGCCGUUUCAGCACCGGGCCAAAAGGUCAACUCGCUUGCUGCGUCAUCUGCCUCGCAGGCCUUGGCUGAUCCUCACGAAUUCGCGGAAGUAAUCCGCGCUUUCAAGGCUGUUAAUGCAAAGGCUAAAGGGGGUCCUAUGAUCACUGCUCGUAUUGAGUCCUUCUGCUGCCGCGUCUCAAAGGCAGAUGCGGAAGAGGAAAGCAGGUCAUACGAGGAUGCACACCAGGAUGCCCUGAAGCGUGCCAAGAUCUACCAUGAGGCGGGCAUCGACGCCAUCAUGAUCCACUCCAAGAGUAAAUCUCCUCAUGAGGUUACUCGAUUCUUGCGCGAAUACCGCGAGUUCGACUCCCAGACACCUCUUGUUGUUGUCCCCACUACCUACUCGGAGAUACCAAAAGAUGCUUUGUACGAAGCUGGCGCCAACGUUAUCAUCUAUGCCAACCAUUUGAUGCGUGCCAAGAUUAGCGCUGUUGGUUCUAUCUCGGACAAGAUCCUGGCAAAGAACUUGGACUUGUUCUACAACGACACAGAGAUCCGUGCAAUAAUCCAGGCUCGUAACUACGGUUGCCUUCUCAGAAAGCUGCGCAACCGUAGCGUUUGGGGGGAGGAGAGCAAUGAGGCAAGGAUGUACAGGAUUGUUGCGGAGGCGACAGCCUCGGAGAACAUUCAGGCAACAGUCAUUGACUUGCUGGAGGGGAAGCUUGCGGGAUGUGAGGCAGACACACGCAUUGUCAGCGUGAAGGAACUUCUGAAGAUCAACGCAAAGCAGGUGGUUCCUGUCGGAGAUCUUGUCACCCAGGUAGAUGUUUACUAG